CUUUAUCGCCGAUAAUUACGAAUCGUAGUGCGAAUGAGGCGAGCUGAGGGGCGUUCUGUUCUAUCGCGAGCUUAUUGUGCGCGGAUAACGACGUGUCGAUCGGCACGACGUCUCUUCCUUGAUAUGUUUGGAGCGCAUCGCUCGCGAGAUCGUCGACGUUACACUUUAUCCUAGCUCCGAUUAACGAUUCUACUCUACGCCAGUUAGCGGCGAAUAUGGCGGCGAUGGAUGGCGAAGCGAAGCUUGACAUGUAUGAUGUCACAUAUGUUGUUGAUCCUCAAUAUGUUGAGGGUGAGAUGACAGUUGGAACAAAGCAGAGGUCGACUUUAGGAGAACCAGAAUUUAAUACAUUAGACGAGCCUAUUAAAGAUACAAUUUUGAGGGAUGUUCGAGCGGUGGGCAAGAAGUUUUUCCAUGUUUUAUAUCCUAAAGAGAAGAAAAGUUUACUAAAAGAAUGGGAUUUAUGGGGACCAUUAAUAUUGUGUACUUUUAUGGCAAUGAUAUUGCAAGGUUCAACUGACAUAGCAGAUAGUUCAAAUGAUGGAGGGCCCGAAUUUGCAGAAGUAUUUGUUAUUGUAUGGAUUGGAUCUAUGGUUGUUACAUUGAAUUCGAAAUUGUUGGGUGGAAAUAUAUCUUUCUUCCAAAGCGUUUGUGUCCUAGGAUAUUGCUUAUUACCGACUGCCAUUGCUCUAAUUUUAUGCAGAAUCAUACUAAUAGUGCAGCAAAGCAGUCUUCUAUUUACUCUUAGGUUGGUGAUCAGCAUGAUUGGAUUUUUGUGGGCAACGUAUGCAUCGAUGGCAUUCCUUGGUGACAGUCAGCCCACAGGCAGGAAGGCAUUAGCAGUAUAUCCAAUUUUCCUAUUUUAUUUUGUUAUAUCAUGGCUAGUUAUAUCCCACACUACAUAAAAUGCAACAUAACAAUUAAUCUGUUACAAGACUGCGCAUUGCUCCGACCUUCUGCGUAAACAUCAGGAGAUGACGAAAAAGUAAUCAGAAGGUGAUGCAAUGUUUUUCAUACAUGAUAUUUUCCAAGUCCUGCAUUUGGACAUAUUCCAAUAUUGUGCUUUUGUGAAUAAAGUAUAAAACACAAGUAUAGUAGACAAGUAUUUAUUAUUGUCUUACGAGGAGAACAGCAGGUGACAAGGUCAGGGUUUUUGAUACACUUUUUACAGGUGUUCUUGAGCGAAAAAAAACGAUAUGUGU